ACGUUAUGGCCAGAUAUCAGAGAAGCGUCCACUGCCUUGGCGGAAUCGGGUUCCUAGUGGUCCUCUUCAUCGAUCAGUUGGUCAGCGGCCAGUUCGUUCCGGGCCCGAAUUCUGGGACUCCCCGUCAGCAGAGAUCCCUCUUCGGUCCAGGGCCUCCGCCGGGAUGGAGCAGUGGUGGCCUCAGCCACGGAUGGAACGGUCCCAGUUUCGAAUUCAGUCACCUGCCGCCAUCUUCCAGCCCGCAUGUGACCAAGGACGAGCUGCUGGCCCUGCUGGCUGCCUGGAAAGAUGUGGCUGUGCAGCCUACGACUGCGGCGCCGGAACCAGAGCCCGAGGAGCCGGAACCCGAGCCAGAGACCACAGCAGCCCCGCCGCCCGAGGAUCAGGAUGAACAGGAGCCGGAACCGCCGGCACCAGAGGCACCAGCUGGCCCCCCUCCCGGUGUUCCCGUCACCGUGUCCCUGCCCGCCCUAGUGCCCAUUCAACUGGCGGCCAUGUGGCAGCAGCCGGCGCCAGGAGCAGCGGCCGGUGGACUGGGUCCCUUGGGGCUGGGAGGACUGGGUAUAGGGGGUGGGAUCGCCUUGAACAAUCUGGGCGGCGGUGCGGCGGCAGCAGGAGCUGCUGCAGGUAGCGGCGGAGGAGCAGCGGCCGCCGGAGCCGCCGCAGCGGCAAGAUCAGGAGUGGCACGUCCCAGAGCUCGAGCAAGGAUCGGAGGACGCGCAUCUAACGUCCAGCCUGCCAUUCGCUUCCCGGUGGCCAACCCGCGCAGCUUCACCUCAAACAACUAUGUGGCUCCCAGGCCGCGCUACUAUCGCGAUACGGAGACAAUGCGCAUCAAUGUAAUGGCAUCUCCACCUUAUCAAAUGGCCAACGUUCAAGGGCCGGUUCAGCUUGUGCCUGCCUACUGGCAAUAG